UUCAUGAUUGAUGACGUCACCAGCGUCCCCAUCUGAUUAAGUCAACAUUCCCAGACAUCCUCACCUGUGGCACACUUUGAACUGUGAAAAACUUAACCGCCUUGAACGCCAUUUUGAAACCGGUCCACGCUGUGAGAGGUCUUACUCCCAGGGAGCUGUCGAGAUUACAUCAAGGAGACGAUGAAGGGGUUUCUAGUAGCGAUCUGUAUUCUGUGCUGCUAUAGCACACGCCUAGCUACAGGAUUAGAAGUAACAUUAGCUGGUUUGCCUGUCAAUGGGUACGUCAUGAACCCCGAGGGCGGCAACCCACAACCAUUAAACCUUGUGUGCAGUUACACAGUGGAUCCCGGAGAGACGGCUCAAUAUGUCAUAUUCUACAAAGAUGGAACUGACAUAGCAAACCAAAUAGUAGUAAUACAGGUAUCUGAUGGAACUCACAGGAAAUUCAACAGCUAUCUCACUAGAGCUGAUGUGACUGCUACAGCCUCUGAUCCAUCAUACACGUUAACAAUCGGUGGAGUCACCAUGGCAGAUGAAGGGAGCUAUAGAUGUCGAGUUUCCACUGAAUUCAAUACAGCCAUUGUGACAACUGAUGAGCAAAUUCUUAAUUUACUCUAUCGACCAAACCCACCCCAGAUUACACGAGGACCUGAAGUCGCUACAGGCACCUUCCGGGUAUCUUGUUCUUCUGAUGGCGGCAGACCAGCACCUGAGAUAAAAUGGUUUAAAAUGCAGAGUUCUGAUCAGAUAGAGGUCGCGAUAAAUGCAUCCGCGAACAGGGAGACACCCCAGGGAGACACCAUUCUGGUCGAAAGUGAAGUAGAAGUAAUGGCAACCGAGGCAGAUCCAGUCCAAGUAUUUUGCCAACUAUUGCACGAUUCACUUACAAGUCAGAGCAAGACAAAUAUCAUAAUUCCUGAAAGUGCUGCUCCUUCAACUACCACCACAGUAAAACCUACAAAUACUACAGACGAAAACAACCCGGGGACUAAACCAAGCACCGGUGCUCUUGGUGGCGGUGCAGUGGCAGGCAUUGUGAUAGCUGUGCUCAUCAUCGUUGCAAUCAUUGUGGGCGUGGUCGUGUUCCUCGUGAGGAGGAGAAGUGCUGAACCAAAGCAGCCUAAGGAGGAGCAGACAGGCGCAGAGAACCCGGCCGCCUCACAAACCGAUGUUCGUGGAGGAAACACAAACCCAGCUUAUCCAGACCAAAGAGACGAGAAACCCCCAAUUGAGGAAUACAAACCUGAACCAACAACGGUGUAAAAGCAUCAUGUCCUCAACGCCAUAACUUGUGAUAAAGAGAUCAGCAGUGACUUUAUACAAAGACAGUAGGACCUGCCCGGCAAAGACCAUUGUGGACUUUAUGAUGUCACACGUGACGUCAUAACGUCCCCAUAGCAACAGAGUGGGUUGUGAAUGAGUAAGCCUCGACGUGUUUUCCUCCAGUCUAACGUCUGUUGGGGUGAACUAAACUGUAGUUGCUUCUUUACAUUCUGAAGAUUUCCCGGCAAGGGGGAAGAUCAUUUUGAAGAUGUGUAUUGCUCAAUCACAAGUGUGUAAAUUACAAAAACGGAGGAGCAGAUUUUUAAUGGAUUUUCUACUUCUUGCAUCGUCAUGACAGCGGCAACGGAAGGCUACAGAAUGUAAUUUGAGCACUGGGAAAAAACUGCCAAUUGUGAUUUUAUAUUGAAAGAAACAACAGGUCGUUUUGUCAAGUUUAAUUUUUUCAAUAUGACAUAAGAAUUCGUUUGUCCAUCGUUGCAGUUGUUUGAGUAGCUAUAUUGUUUAAUUUGUUGGUUACAAAUUAGGUAUGUUUUUUUGAGUUAGACGUCAAAGACGCUAGUUUUAAAUGUUUCAAUCUCUGGGGAUAGUUAUUAAGAUGGAGAAAAAUCUGCUUUGUUACAUACAUUCCAUUCAAGCCCAUUUAUGUCUUUUUAUUAGUAAGAAAGGAGUGUGACAUGGAGAUGCGAUGCCCCUACCGGUCCCCUUUAGGACCGUGUCUAUUUUUUGUGAAAUUAUUGUAUAGAGAGAAAAGAACCAGAUGUCCGAGUCAAUUUUUUUUUUUUUUUUUUUUUUUUUUUUUUUUUUUGCUGACAAGUUGAACGCCUGGACGAUGUAAAUGUGACUGUAUGAUUAUUUGUCUGAUUGACUUGCAAGAAUAUUUUGGUAAGGAACGUGCCAUUUCUGAUGUAUAAUAUUUUAUAAUAGAUAAUAUUUCUGUUUACAGUUAUAGAAAAAAAGAUAAGCGAUAAAGAUAACGUAUUGGCGUGUAUGUUAUAAAAUAAUUUCUAACCAGCAAUGUCUUAUAUUUCUAGGCCGAAAAUGUUUUGUUACAUACUCCUUUUAUUUUCAUGCAUAUAUUUUGGCUUGAGGUUCGGUAGUGUGAUUUUUUCCCUCCAUCUUAGUUCACUUUUUAAGUUGAAUGAUUUUGUCACAUAAACAUCUUAUAUUACAUUUAUGCUAUGGCUAACUUGCAUUCAAAAGUAUAGGUUGUUUAUAAACCAGCAUUAACGUGUGAAAACUGUAAAAAUGGUCUAAAUUGUUAAGUGGUCAUCACACAUGUAAAUACCUCAUGUGAUGAGGGUAUUGCCAAUAUAAAUCUAGAAAUGAAGAGGCAGUAAUUAAAGUGGCGUAUUUAACUCGCUACGUAAGUUAAGCAAUGAUACACGGUUGAAAUAUGCGAGGAUUGUUUGUAUCUCGCCAUAGCUGUUAGUCACCUUAAUUCCUGGUUCCUCUGUGUCAGACAGAUAUUAAUAAUGAAAAGAGAACAUAAUCCUAUGUUUAGUAUACACAUCAUUAUUCAAGACCUACUGGGGUUUGCUGGAUUGGACAGUUUCACAAUAAUCACUUAAUUAUGCAAUCAUAACUUGGAUCAAUGUACUUUGGUUUAUUAGCAGAAUUUCUAAUCAUAUGUGUUACUACUAUACAUGAUUAUAAAUACAUUGCCUACUUUGCCUGUGAAAGUUCAAACUGAACUGACCACCCUGCUUUCUGCAUUAGUAAACUUAGGUACCAGUCCCAGUCGCCCGAAUUUGCUUGCAAAGUCCGUAGUUUCAUACUGCCUAUCCCGAUGUGACAUUCCCAAUUAAUUUUUGAGUGAUUUUUAUUGUGAUGUCUACUUUGUAUACAUAAUCAUAACAUUAUACUUUCAAUUGAAAGAAAUGAUUAGUUUUUGUACGAAUUGUGUUUAGGUAGCUAUUGUUAUUAAAUAUUUGUAA